UAGUUACAACUUCAACGGGUUAAGAUGAGUCUAAAAUGGAGCUUAGUUUUGGGCCUAUGUUGGCUCCUUUCUGCGGCUUUUUCACGAGCAGAAUCCAAAAAGCAUAAGCCAAACGAGCUGGACGACAAUAUUAAUUGGUGGCGACACGAGGUCUUUUAUCAGAUCUAUCCCAGGUCCUUUAAGGACAGCAAUGGCGAUGGCAUUGGUGAUCUUAAGGGCAUCACCUCCAAGCUGCAGUACUUUGUGGACACUGGCAUCACAGCCAUCUGGCUGAGUCCCAUUUACAAGUCCCCCAUGGUUGACUUUGGGUACGAUAUAUCCGACUACAGGGACAUCCAACCGGAGUACGGCACACUGGAGGACUUUGAUGACCUGAUCGCAAAAGCCAAUCAACUGGGCAUCAAGGUCAUUUUGGACUUUGUGCCCAAUCACAGCUCUGACGAACAUGAAUGGUUUAAGAAGUCCGUUGCUAGAGAGUCUGGCUACGAGGAUUUCUAUGUGUGGGAGGACGGCACAGUCUCGGACAAUGACACUCGCGUACCGCCAAACAACUGGGUAUCUGUAUUCUCCGGCUCCGCAUGGCAGUGGCACGAGGAGCGAAAACAAUUCUAUCUGCGUCAGUUUACCAAGGGACAGCCCGACUUAAACUAUCGUAAUCCUGCCGUGGUGCAGGCCAUGGAUGAAGUUUUGUUGUACUGGCUGCAAAAGGGCGUGGCUGGCUUUCGCAUCGAUGCCGUUAUCUAUGUAUAUGAGGACGAGCAGUUGCGUGACGAGCCCUUGAGCGGUUCCACCAGUGAUCCGAACUCAGUUGAUUAUCUGGAGCACAUCUACACAAGGAACCAACCUGAAUGCUAUGGGCUCAUUCAGCAUUGGCGUCAGCUGUUGGACAACUACACGGCUAAUAAUCCGGGACCAGUGCGCAUUAUGAUGACCGAGGGCUAUGCGGAUCUAUCGCUGCUAAUGAACUACUAUGAAGAUGAACACGGCGCCCAGGGCGCCCACUUUCCCUUUAAUUUUGACUUUAUUACCGAGCUGAAUGCAGAUUCUACGGCUCAGGACUUCGUAUACUUCAUUCAAAGAUGGCUGAUCUAUAUGCCGCCUGGACACUCAGCCAACUGGGUGAUGGGCAAUCAUGAUAAUCCGCGCGUUGCAUCGCGAUAUGGCGUUAAGACUGUGGAUGCUAUGAAUAUGCUGAUGAUGACUUUGCCGGGUAUCGGCAUCACCUACUAUGGCGAGGAGCUCGGCAUGGUAGACUAUCGUGACAUUAGCUGGAACGAUACGGUGGAUCAACCCGCCUGUAUUGCUGGUCUCGAUAAUUACAAGUGGGUCUCUCGCGACCCCGAACGUACGCCAAUGCAGUGGAGUGAUGAGAAGAAUGCUGGUUUCUCCACGGGCAAUUCCACUUGGCUGCCAGUGAAUCCGAAUUAUCAGGAGCUUAAUCUGCGCGCCCAGCAGCAGGCUACUCACAGCCAUUAUAAGGUCUAUCAAUCGCUGAUCAAGCUGAGACAAUCGCGAGUCCUGCGAGAUGGCACAUUUACAGCCCAGGCCCUUAAUCGACAGGUUUUCGCUCUCAAGCGCGAGCUGAGAGGUCAGCCCAGUCUGCUAACUGUCAUAAAUGUGAGCAAUCGCACCCAGCAAGUCGAUGUCAGUAACUUUAUCGAUUUGCCCAAUCAUCUUACGUUGUUGGUUGUGGGCGUCUGCUCCCAGCACAGAAUGCGCGACCGGGUUAAUCCAGCCGAGGUCAAACUGUCGCCCUAUGAGGGCCUGGUUAUACAGCUCAAAGCUCGCAAGUAGUUAAAUAUAUCGUUUAUUAUACUAUAAGGAAUUGCCAAAACAUAAUCGGAACCUGAUAACAUUAUUAUUCUACUUCUUCUGAUUGCCAAAAGUGAUUUGGAAAAUAUGAUAAAAGCAAAAAAUAAAAUAUA